AUGCCUCGAUUAGAGCUUUCUGCAACUUUACUUUUAGCAAAGCUAUUAGCAUCUAUUUACGAUCAAUUGAUAUCUAUUUAUAACAUUUCAAAUAUAAAAUUAAAUAAUAAUGAACUUUGGUUUUAUGGACCCAUUUUUUUAAAUGAUAUUAAUAUUAAAUGGCCAUAUUAUGAACAUGUUAAUCAUUCAAAUGAAACAUUUGAAGUUUUGUGUAAUGUGGUACAUGUUAAGGUUAAUGUUAAUCUUGACUUUAUUAAUGUUGAUAAAUUUAGUGAUUUUAGGUAUUUACUUCGAGUAACUUGGUGGAUUCUUCGGUUUAUCAAUAAUGCGAAAGAUAAAAAGAAGAACAUCUUCAAGACUGGUUUAAUUACAGCUGAAGAAAUAGAUAAUGCAAAGCGAUUGUGGACUAAAUUUUCACAGAUAAAUCUAAUCGAUGAGAAUAAAUUUAAACAAUUACGAAAAGAUUUACGUUUAUUUCUUGUCAAGCACAAUCGUGUGAAAGAAACAAUUAAUGCUUUAAGAUCCCAGUAUUGGAUACCUUGUUGUAGGCAAUUAGCAAAGAGCGUGAUACAAGAAUGUACAACUUGUCGGCGUAUAGAGGGUAGGCCUUAUUCUUACCCACCUGCUCCUCCUUUGCCUGAAAACCGUUUAAAUUCUGAUUUCGCUUUUAAAAGUAUUGCUUUGGAUUAUGCUGGUCCGCUGUAUAUUAAAGAUAUUUAUGGCGAUUGUACGUUGAAUAAAGCAUGGAUUUUCUUAUUUACAUGUUGCAGUAGUCGUUCGAUUUUAUUAGACUUAGUAGCUGACUGUUCAUUUAGAUCAUGCAUUAUGGGUAUCCGUAGAUUUAUUGGAAGACGGGGUGUUCCAGAAAUUAUUUAUUCAGACAAUGGUUCACAAUUUGUUUCAACUGAAACUCAGUACUUUGCUGCAAACCAUUCUAUAAAAUGGAAGUUUAAUGCGCCUUCGGCACCGUGGUGGGGAGGGAUGUUUGAGCGACUAGUACGAAUGACUAAAAGAUGUUUGAAGAAGGCCUUAAAGAAUUCGAAGUCUUCCUAUGAAGAAGUACGAACGUUGCUUUCUGAAAUUGAAAUGGUACUAAAUAACAGACCAUUAACUUAUUUGUAUAACAAUCAAGGUGAUGAAGCACUCAAACCUAAUCACUUAGUUUUUGGACAUAAGCUUAAGCUAGAAUCAAGUCUUAGUGCUUGUAACGAUAUAGAACAAGAUGUGCAUAUACGAAACAGUAUGUUAUCUAAUACAUUGAAUCAUUUUAGAAGUAGAUUCAAAAGUGAGUACUUGACAGAGUUGCGUGAAUAUCAUAAAUCAAAGCGAAGUAAUGGAUGUAAUGCACGUGUUGAAGAAUUGUUAUAUUCAAACGACGGAGUUGUUCGCGUUGCUAAAGUUUGUUACAAACAAGAGAAUGGUAGUUCGUGUUUAAUUAUUCGACCCAUUAAUAAGCUAUGUUCUACUGAAUAUUCAGACAAUGAAAAAAUAGUAACUGUUGCCUUGAUUAACGAGAAGAAUAUUCCUUUACUU